GCUUCCUGGUCCCCUCCGCUCCUCUCCCUUGUCUCCCGGAGCGCGACCUCCGCCCUCCGUUCUCGGAGAGGGACUUCCCCUCCCUGUCCGAAGCGGGGUCCGCAGCCCCGCCACCCUGAGUGCUGACGGUCCGGGGGAGGGUCUCCCAGACGCCCCGUCCUCGGCUGGGCCCGUUCCGGCCGCUCAGUGACGGAUGUGCCUGCGGAGGGACCUGGAAGCCGCCAGAGCUGGUUCUGCGCCAGCGUCCCCUCCCUGAUGGUGACGGGGUGAGGUCGCAGAGGGGACGGGAUGGCCACCCCGAAGCCGAAAGCGUGGAGUUUGUGAUUCCGAGGCUAGAACGGGAUUGAAGGAAGCCCCCUCCACGUCCAUGCUCACACCCCCACCCUCAUUAUCAGCAACCAGAGGGUCCCCAGCGGCCCCUUCCGCUUGCUGCGACCUCGUGUUUUCUCCAAGUUAGAGACACACCCUUCAAAGAGGGCGACUGCCCUCCCCUCACCCCUCUCCUCUGGGCCCAUCUUUCAGGUCUGCUGCUGCCGUAUCCAACCGCCAACCUAGUGCUGGACGUGGCGAUGCUCCUCCUCUCCCUCGGGAUCGAAGUGGUUCGGCUGUUUUUCGGUACCAAGGGAAACCUCUGCCAGCGGAAGAUGCCACUGGCCAUCAGCGUGGCCUUGACCUUCCCCUCGGCCGUGAUGGCCUCGUAUUACCUGCUGCUGCAGACCUACGUGCUCCGCCUGGAAGCCAUCAUGAACGGCAUCCUGCUCCUCUUCUGCGGCUCCGAGCUGCUGCUGGCGGCGCUCACGCUGGCCGCCUUCUCCAGUAUGGACAGGAUUUAAAGUCCAAAAAUUCCAGCCCGCGGCCCUCAGCGGCUGAGACGCUCACGCUCUGGUCCUUGAGCCACACCCACCGGCGAGAGAUGGCGGGUCACGUGGUCCGAGGGAGCGUGGCAGCUCUUCCUCAGCACAGAUGUUUGGGCACCGAACCGAGCAUAAGGCCACUGGGCACCAUCUCACCAGGACCCUCGGCCUCAGAGCCUCUUCCACUCCAGCACAGGGCGGGGCAGGCCGUCCCCUCCCGGCCACGCUCAGAACCGGCUCCUGAGGACUCACGCUCUCCUCUCUGAUCGCCGUGGCCAGAGCAUCUGUGUGGACCAUGUGGGCUCCGUGGCUCCCACAGGACCUGAGCCACUCCGCCCCGUGUGCCGUGCCCGCCUGCCCCGCACCAGCACGGAGCUCCAAGGGACUCGGCCUCCAUCCUUCGGAGGCUGAGCGCCAGGCCUUUUUGAGUAGCUCAUAGUGUUAUUUUUCUAUUCCCAUCAUGAAGCAAACAUUAUUUUAUAAUAAACAUGUAUUUUCUGUU